AUGCCGUCUCCACCACGGGGUUAUACCACGUUUCCGAGCGACGCCGACCUCUUUUACAUGUGCACCUCGUCCACUUCUGCUGAAGAUCUUGGCAUCAACUACGUACAUAAAUCACAAUCCUCUCUGCGAGUCGGUGUCAUUAUUCUCGGCCGGGACCAGAUUCAACUUACCGAUCUGUCUGCGGUUGAUCUCCUGUCAACGUUGUGCAGAAGCAGAAUCGGCAGGCUAAAUGCGUCAGCGAGUACGCUAGAGGAAGCUGUUGAUGAAGUGGACAUCCGGUAUGUCAGCGUGACCGGAGAAGGAUCGUUUCCAGUCACCUCUGGCGCUCGAAUGCCAGUGACGAACUCGUUCGCGAACGCACCACAGUUCGAUGUCCUGAUCAUCCCCGGAUCUUUCACCACAAAAGAACUGCCACCAGCAGCAACUACCUUCCUCGCUGCGCAAUGCUCAAGUCCUGGUUUCCGUGCUAUUUUCAGCAUCUCAUCCGGUAUCUUGCAUCUCAUUCAGACUGGUCUACUCUGGAGACGACGGGCUUCCGCGCCACGCUGCCUGAUUCCGGCUCUGCAGCAGCGCUAUCCGGAGACUCUCUGGCAGACAAAGGCCUGGAACCGACACGAGAAGAUCUGGACGAGUUCGACUGCUGUUUCCGCUCUCGACAUGAUAGCCUCUUGGAUGCGCGAGUUUUUCUGGGACCGACAUGAAGCGGUCGAGUGUGCUUUGGCUGCUGCUGGAAUUGGGUCGCUGGACGACUUCGAGUAUUGA